GGCAGGUUGCUCUGGGCAGGGGCAGCGGCGCCGGGGGGAGCAGCAGCAGCAGCAGGAGGAAGCCGCCCGCCGCCGGGCUCCCAGCUCGGCCCCUGCCGCCGCCAUGCGGGAGGCGCAGCCCGCUGCGCGCCUCUGAGAGCCGGGCGCCGAGCCCCGGGGGCGAUGCGCAGCUGACAGCCGCCGCCGCAGCAGCCGCGCGGGGUCCGCUGCGGGACGGUCCCGCCCGAGGCGGGGAGCGGAGAGGCCUGUGGGGCCAAGGGGUCAAGAUGUUGCGGCUGGCUUCCCUCACCGCGCUCUUUGUGCUCUUCAGGCUGCUCCUGAAGCUCUCCUGGGUUCAGGUGAUCCCUGCCCUCUUCAUAUUCUACUUGGGCUCCGGGGGAUGGAAAUUCCUGCGCAUCGUCUUCAAGACCAUAAGGAGGGACUUCACCACUGGGCUAGUCUUGCUGAGGGUGAAGUGGCAGGUGUGGCGGCACUUGAGGGGGAAGAACACCAUCCCCAAGAUCUUUCAGGAGACAGUCCGCAAGCAUCCGGAGAAGACGGCGCUGAUCUUCCAAGGAACGGGUGAGAGCUGGACCUUCCGCCAGCUGGAUGAGUACUCCAGCCAGGUGGCCAACUACCUGUAUGAGCAGGGCUUCCGCUCCGGCGACGUUGUGGCCUUGUUCAUGGAGUCCUGCAACCAGUACGUGGGCCUCUGGCUGGGGAUGGCCAAGAUUGGGGUGGAGGCGGCGCUCGUGAACUCCCACCUGCGUAUGGAGGCCCUGCUGCACUGCAUCAACAUCUCCAACUCCAAGGCUGUGGUGUUCGGGGCUGAGAUGAUGGAAGCCAUGCAGGAGGUACAGCCCUCCCUGGGGAAAUCUGUUCGUCUCUUCUGCUCCGGAGACUGGAAUCCAGAAUCCGCACCCCCAGGCACAGAACACCUGGACCCUCUCCUGGAGAUGGCUCCUCGGCACCUGCCAAGCCCCCCAAAGAAGGGUUUCCUAGAUAAACUCUUCUACAUCUACACCUCUGGCACGACGGGGAUGCCCAAGGCAGCCAUCGUGGUCAAUUGCAGGUACUACCGCAUGGCAUCCCUGGUGUAUUACGGAUUCUGCAUGAGGCCAGAUGAUGUGAUGUACGACUGCCUCCCUCUCUACCAUGCGGCAGGUAACAUUGUCGGGAUUGGCCAGUGCCUCCUCCAGGGGAUGACUGUGGUGAUCCGCAAGAAGUUCUCAGCCUCUCAUUUCUGGGACGAAUGCGUGAAAUACAACUGUACGAUUGUCCAGUACAUCGGGGAGAUCUGCCGCUACCUCCUGAACCAGCCGUCCCAGGAGGUGGAGCGGCAGCACCGCGUGCGCAUGGCGCUUGGGAAUGGGCUGCGGAUGUCCAUCUGGAAGGAAUUCAUCUCCCGCUUUGGGAUCCCCCAAGUCGCCGAGUUCUACGGUGCCACUGAGUGCAACUGCAGCCUGGGCAACUUCGACAAUAACGUUGGUUCCUGUGGCUUCAACAGCAGGAUCCUGCCUGGGAUUUACCCCGUCACCUUGGUGAGGGUGAACGAAGACACCAUGGAGCUGAUCCGUGGGCCGGAUGGACUCUGCAUCCCUUGUAAACCAGGGGAGCCGGGACAGCUGGUAGGACGCAUCAUCCAGAGCAAUCCUCUGCUGCACUUCGACGGGUACCUAAACCAGUCGGCCACCAGCAAGAAGAUCGCCCAUGACGUGUUCGCCAAGGGGGACUCGACGUAUCUUACUGGAGACGUGCUGGUGAUGGACGAAUACGGCUACAUGUACUUCCGGGACCGCACUGGGGAUACCUUCCGUUGGAAGGGCGAGAACGUCUCCACGACGGAGGUGGAGGGGACUCUGAGCCGCAUCCUCCACAUGACAGACGUCGUCGUCUACGGGGUGGAGGUGCCAGGCAUCGAGGGGAAGGCAGGGAUGGCAGCCAUUGCUGACCCCAAGAAUUCCUGCAACCUGGAGAGCUUUGCCAAUGAGCUGAAGAAGGCCCUGCCGUUGUACGCACGGCCCGUCUUCUUGCGAGUGCUGCCAGAAGUCCACAAGACAAGCACCUACAAGUUCCAGAAGAUGGAGCUGCGCAGGGACGGAUUUGACCCUGCUGUGGUGAAGGACAGGCUGUACUUCCUGGACUCCAGGCAAGGCUGCUACCUCCCACUGGACAUGGAGGCCUUCAGGAGGAUCCAGUCAGGACAACAGAAGCUGUAAUGGGCGAGGCUCUGCAAGUCGCCUCUUGGAUCCCUUUGCUGUGUCAGGAUGGGGCGGUCCUGGGGAAGGAAAGGGUUAAAGGAUGAUGUGAAGGGCACACGUGGGCUUUAUUUAACAAGUUUUACAGACACAGAUGAGCGUGUUGGGUGGGGUGGGUUACGUACCAAAGUAUAGAAUCAUUAUGGCUUUAUUUUCUACUUCAUACAAGGGUGGCCCCCUGGGCUGUGAGCAUGGGAUCUUCUAUUCAUCUAUGGCCAGGGACAUGGAACUUUUGCCAGGCCAAGAUGGCAAAGAUCAGGGGCAUGGGACCUUCACCAUGCCAAGAUGGCAGAGAUGGGGAGCGCCCACCUUCCACAGGCCUCCAUUUCCCUGCCUUUGUUUGUUUCUCUCCUUUUGCUGUCCUGCUCACACUGCAGAGUCCAAAAAGGGCUGAUGGCAGUAGUGCCUCUCACAGACCCCCUCAAGGGCGAUGGGGUGCUGGCCCUCCCACAAAGCAGCUAAGCUGAGGUGAGCUUUGCACUCUGCACUGAACCAACCAGCUGGCUGGGGGCCAUCAUGCAAGGCAAAAAACAUUGCCCUCUUUGUGGUUCACUGUUGAAGCAUUGCAACUUUGUUGGGGUGGGGGAGAGCAUACGGGGGUGGGGGCAUGUUGUGGGGCUCAGAGGAGGGAAGGGCAAGUGUCUCUACCAUGCUUCAUUCUUUCCAGGGGAUGAUUUUUCUAUUUUCAUGAUCAUACUUUUUUUGGUCUUAAUUUAUUGUAUUUUUUUUAACCUGCCCCAGGUUUGUGCACUGGGUGGUGGGGGCAUCCUGUUGCAAGAAUAUCCUUCUUUCUCUUUUUUUUUCUCACAUGAGGACAUCCCCCUUCAUCUGGACCUGAUCCUUCUCUUCCAGAGGUUCGGGCACAAAGUCCACAGGCAAUCUGUUCCCAGACCUACCUGUCCAGGAGCAGGAGGGGACUGGAGCUGUGACCUUGUGGAAUUGCGCCGCCUUGGGGCUACUUUCAGUUGGAGUUUAUGCCCUGGGUGAGGGGUACGACGCUGCUGAUCUGGUGUCAUGGCACUUGCCACCCUGGCUGUGUGUCAUGCGCAUCACCGUUGUAAAGACCAAGCCAUUAAUCGCAUGGCUUUUAUUUUCUUGCUGAGGGGUUGAGCACCUGCAAACCUUGUUGGGGGCCAGUGCUCGCCAUCUCAGAAAAUCCAUUUGUUCACGUUCAGAGUGUAGCAUCUUUAGCCGCAUCUGAUUCUGUGUGAUCCCAUGGGGAGCUGGAUGAGAGAGCAGGAAAGAUCUAUUCAGGGAAAAGCACGUUGUGUUUACACUGUAGCGGGAUGAGUCCUGAGAACAGUGUCUCUGUAUGUCCAUCUGUCUGUCCAUCUGUCUGUCAGCACGGUAGGGUAGGCAUCUGCUUUGUUUGGUCUGCUUGUGGAGGCCCAACACCCUGCCCCCUGAAUCUGUUCUACCCUCAUGGUUAAAUGUGAGCAUGAGUGAUUUGGAUUUUCCCAGAUGCUGCUCUCUUGUUUGGUUGUCCGUGCUGUAGCGGGGGGUCUGGGUUGGAAACUGGCACCCGGAAGCUAUUUCAUGUGACAGGAGGAGAAUUUUCACAUCCCUCCCAUUGUCAGAAAUGUCCUUGGGAAGAGGGAGACGAUUCUUACUUGGGGCUGGAUGCGAAGAGACCAGCUGCCAAACGGGCAUGUUUGCAUUCAUGACAUGCAGGCUUGAGUGAAGGAACCUGAGUCUCGCUCGCAUACUCCUGUGGCUGGCUCCCUAGUCAUCCAGUGUGUUCCCUGGCCAAGCUAGAAUUUGGGAUCCACUGCUCCAAAACCUCAGGUGUCUGAUGUGAGCUAAAGGAGAUUCUCCAUCAGUGGUAGUUGUAUUAUUAGGGCCUAUAGCUGUGGCCUCCAGCCAGCAGAUGAGGGGCAGUGGCAAUACCCCGCUGUAGUGUGAGGAGGGAUGGGUUUGCAGACAGUGCAGGCACCACAAGGAGGCCUAGUGGGGGUGACUCUGCUGCAGGAGAAGACGGGUGUUCGACAACGUUCUGUGGUAGAAUCCUAGGGUCUGUCUGUCUUCACUGUAUAGCUAACCUGGGUGAUUAGCACCUAGGUCUGGGCACUCAGAUUAGCCUAGCUUGGGUGUGACAACAAAGCCCUGUGCCCAUUAGUGUGUAUGUUUCUGUGUUCCCCUGUGUGUGUGUGUGUGUGUUUGUGGGCCUAGCCCAUGGUUCUUUGUUCUGAGAUGCCCUAGGAUGUUUUUUUUCCCCUCAGUCAAUUGUGGGAGAACGUCUGUCCUGCAGGGGGCACUGUGGGAAGGCUGUGGAGGGCUACCAGCACUGGAGUUGUUUUUGGUCUCUCUCCUUACUGCAGAGUCAGUGGGUUCCAGCUUGAGUUAAAGCAGAGCCUUGGUUCUCACCUCCCUGUCCUCCACUCCCCUCCACUUCCCCACCCCCCCACCCCCAGCUAGCCUGGGCUUAAAGCACCUGCAACAACAGGUUAGAGGGCUUUGUGUGUGCAUGGUAAGAGGGCUUGGGCUAGAGCCUAAAUUAACUGUGUGGACAAAGUCGUUUGUAACUUUCACAUUAGUAAGUCCAGGAAAACGCCUGGGGGUGCCUAAGACUAGCUAAUGUGGGGGAAAAAUCCUUUUUUCCUAGUGCAAUCAGGGCCCUUGAGUCAGCCCUCAGCAUUUGCAGUGCAUUGUUUUAAGGACAACAGCGGGUCGCUAACCAGUUCUGCAGUGCUCUCCAGGCUGGUGUAGCUGUAGUCCUAGCCAAUGCAAUGUGAGGGCUCUCCAGACCAAAUGACUCUGAUCUACAAACGGGAUCAGCCGCAGAGCAUGGGUGGGUGAGCGAUCCCAGUCUGGUGGCUUCAUUCUGUUUCACUAUAAUCCAAAGACCCCUCUCUUAGUGCGAGAGCUUUUGUUAAAAUUAUUCUGUAAUUCAGGCCAUCACCCUGAGAGUAAAUGGUGCCUGAGAUCAGUGGGGAAAAGGAGUGGUGGGAGACAGGCUCACAAUCUGCACCCCCUCCCUAGUGCCAGGACUAUCCCCAUGUUUAUCCCUUUGCCUGGGGGAGAAGAGCAAAGGCCGGGUGGGGGGAGACUACCAUCAAGCUCCAUCCCCAGCAGUGCAGUGUAACCAAAGGGAGCCCUGCUGGCUCAGAAUAUCAUGAAUAUCCCUUGGAUGUCAUGCUGAGGAGGGCAAUGUAAGUGGAGGGAUAGAAGCUGUUGCUUUGCAGAGCUUUAAAAAUGGGCCACAUCCUCUGUGGCACCAGGCCCCGUCUGGCUGGGGAGGAGCUGACUGUGAAGAUGAAUGAAACAGCUGGUGGCAAGGGGCUUGGCAGCCGCCUGCCCAGGCUCCCUCCGCAUGCGAUGCCCGUACCCAUCAAUGGGACUCUGACUUCAGCAUAGCUUUGGGCAGGGCCGCAGCCAGAAGACCAGCCUUCAGAGCACACUGUUGCCUAAUAAGGGAGUACCCCAUGUGACCAGUUAUUAUAUGGGGGCAGGCUGGAGGGUUGAACACACCCUGCUGGGAAGGAAACUCAUGGUAGGUUGCCAUUCAGAGCAGAAGCCUUGCUGAGCCCCUCACCAUUUCUUUCAGGGGAGCAGUUCCCCACAUACGCUGCCAGGUGUUUUUGUGUCCUCAGCACUGGGCUCCCUUUCUCCUCCGCUCUGCAACCCCCCCCUUCCCCUGUCUCACCACACCGGAAUGUUUCUCUGUAAGCGCAUCUGGUUCCUCCCUCUCGCAUGUCCCAACGAGUCCGUCCAGCAGCCAAACGUUUGUUUUCCCUGCACUGAUGAGAUGUUGAAAUACUGACACUCAGGAAGGAGCUGGGGAAGGGCGGUGUGGGACAGUGGUGGGAGGUGGCAACCUACAGGACCAUCUCUACCAUCAGCCUGGAGGAGGAGUGGGACGGGACUUCACUUUCCUCUGACCCUUGUCACACGACCCUCAUCUGUUUCCACAUGUCACACCUAAGCAGAGUUCGUAAAUCCUGAUGUGAAAUAAAAUUGUGGGAUCAUUAUG